AUGGCUAAGCAAAGAAGCAUCGGUGAAUUUUUUAAGGCAGAUUUAUCUAAAGAAAAUAACUCUGUUGAAGUAGUGCUAGACCAGCAUGAAGCAGCAAAUUCUUCAAACGAACAGAUUACAAGCGUUGAAGAACUGUCGCCAAAAAUAGGCCCAAAGGAGUCAGAACUUGCCACUGGACUUCCAAAACGCAAAAUAGCUUCAAAAAUCAGAUGUUUUCGUGAAGAGUGGUACAAUAACAACGAAUGGUUAGAAUAUUCAACUGCAUUACAUGGCAUGAUUUGCUUCGCAUGUCGUUUAUUUGGGGGACUAUCUAAGGACGACAACUGGGUGAGGUCAGGUGUCAACAAUUGGAAGAAAGCAACGGAAAAGAUAGGUGAACAAAGUCAGAGUGCAUUUCACCAAACCAACUUGAUUAAAUGGAAGUCAUAUUCAAACUUAAAGAAACCUAUCGAUUGUAUCCUUGAUGAACAGAAAGAAAAGGAAAGGUCUGCACGUGCUGCACAAAUAGAAAGAAAUCAACAGAUAAUUAUCAGGAUAUCAGAUGUAUGUAAGUUUUUAGCAAAGCAAAACAUUGCUUUUCGGGGACAUGACGAAUCCAAAGAUUCAUGUAACAAAGGCAACUUUCGGGAACUUAUAGAACUCCUGGCAAAAUAUGACCCUCUUCUCAACGAGCAUCUUUUAAAAGCCCCAAAGAACUCCACCUAUUUGAGUCCCGAAAUCCAAAACAGUGUGAUUGAGACCUUAGGGGAGCUUAUCUUGUCUAGCAUUGUAGAUGAAGUGCGAGAAGCUCGGUUUUUCGCUAUUAUGGUUGAUGAGACAACAGACAUUUCUCAUCACGAACAGAUGUGUAUUUGCAUCAGAUACGUUAACACACAAACGACAGAAGUUCAAGAGAGAUUUGUAGGAUUCUUACAGGUAGCCAAUAUAACGGCUGCCACUUUGUAUGACACAAUUGUGCAGUACUUGCAAAAAUUUAAUGUUGAUCUAGAGAAAAUAAGAGGAUAUUACCUCAUGCUCAGCAGAAAGAUCAUUUUCCAAAUUGAAAUUGAUAAAGAACUACUUGCGUUCAACGAUGGGACAGAAAAGGCUAUCUUCACUAGCAAUGAUUUCAUUGGAGAGAGAUCUGUGUGA